CGGUACAAGAGCCUCUGCAGGAUAAAUAGCACUGGUACUGUCCACAGUCCGUCUGCCAGGAUCAUAAUUUCCCAUCAUCAUCAUUUCCCAUCAUCAUCAUCAUCAUCAUCAUCCCCGCCUCCCGCCUUAGACAACAAAAGGCAACCCUAACGGCCAACAUAAUGACGGCGAACACAAUGAAAGAAGCCCUCGUCCACCGCGACCUAUCCGUGACAAUCCACAACGCCCCCAUCCCAACCCCGGGUCCCUCCCAGCUCCUCAUCCGCGUGGUCACCUGCGGCCUGAACCCCAAGGACUGGAAGACCCCCGUCGAGAUGCUUGCCGACGGCGCCCCGCCCACAAACCAGGGCGACGAUAUUGCCGGGUAUGUUGAAGCAGUCGGCAGCGAUGUGAUGGGGUUCCAUAAGGGUGAUAAAGUCGCUGCGUUUCACCGGUUCAUGGCGCCGCACGGCGGGUAUGCGGAGUUUGCGGUUGUGGAUGAUUUUGCAACGUUUCAUAUUGCCGAGAAGACGAGUUUCGAGGAAGCAGCAACAAUCCCCCUCGCCGCAAUGACCGCCGCCCUCGGUCUCUACCAGCACCUCCGCCUCCCCCUCCCCUGGAACCCAACGACCGAGCCGGCGCCACUGAUAAUCUACGGCGGCGCAACAGCCGUCGGCGCAUUCGCACUCAAAUUCGCGCGCCUCUCCAACAUCCACCCGCUCAUCGUCGUCGCAGGAAAAGGCAUCCCCUACGUCGAAACCCUGAUCGACCGAGCAAAAGGCGAUAUGAUAAUCGACUACCGCGAGUCCCCCUCCACACUCUCCACUCGGAUCCGCGAAGCGGCCGACGGCAAGCCGAUUCGGUAUGCGUACGACGCCGUCGGCGAACACGGAAGCCACGCGCAUAUUGGCGGAGCCAUGACCGCUCCCGGCCACGUCACGACGAUGGAUCCGAACACGGAGUACGUGCUUCCGCAGGGGAUUACGAUGAGCUGGACGAUUGGCGGAUCCGUGCACCUCCCGCCGAAGGAGGGGAUGGCGGUUGGCGAUGGGGAGUUUGCAAAGGCCAUGUUGCAGUUUAUGGGGAGGGGACUUGCAAAGGGGUGGUUUUCGGGACACCCGGUUGAGGUUCGGCCUGGGGGGCUAGCUGGGAUUGAGGGCGGAUUGAAGGAUUUGAAGACCGGCAAGGCUUCGGCGGUCAAGUAUGUUGUUAGGAUCGGAGAGACGGAGGGGGUUGUGCAGAGAGAUUGAGGCUGGAGAAUUGGAUGGGAAAGAGGAGGUCUGUCGCUGGACCCUGGCCUAUUUGUCUGC